UAUCUCCAUCUAAGCCCUGCGCUAUAAUUGAAAUGGCGCAUUUGGCUGCAGGCAGGUUGUGAGGGCGCUUUCUGCAGCAGCAUGCAUGCAUGUCCAUGGACGUCAUUUGAUUUUAAUGGCCUGCAGGAAAUUUGGCGUUACAACUCCAGACAUUAAGACAGAAGAGGGAGAGAGAAGGAAGGAGUGAAUGGGGGGAGAGAAGGGACACUGAAAGAUUUAUAUUUUUUUUUUUCCAAGGAUAUCUCUUCGUUUUUACAUUUUUAACCUGAGACUUUAUCAACAAGUUACACGCUGCCCGGGUGAAGGACCAUGGCCGCUUGCUUGGUUUUAAACUUUCCAUUCAGGCUGGAGAUGGAGAUGCGUUGCUGUUAGCUGGACUGCCUGCGGACCUGUCUCAUCAGACGAAAUGACAAUGACUAAAAUCUGCUAAAUCUGAAUCUGACACUUCCCUGUUUGGAUUCAUCCCCCCCUCUAAAUCACAACUUCACCCCGCUCCACUUUUUUUGCCGUCAACAAAAAAAAAGAGAGAGAAGUUUUUGCUAUCUGUGAAGUCAUAAUUUGAGGAAUAGUGGGGUAUCACGUUUUCUUCCUUGAGAAAAUUGCCCAGGCGAGAGAGUGGAGUUGAGCUAAUUGUAGCCUAAUCCCUGGCCCAGAGGCGCUCGGGCAGCCCGGAGCGAGAAUUUUCUUUUUUAGCUCCGCUCUGUUAUUUAGAGACGGAUUAUUGGCUUUCUUUCCUCUCAUAACAAACCACAGGGGCAGUUUUCAUUUAGGCAAAAAGAGAAGGGAAAAAAAAGGCAGAAAACAGACAGGGGAAACAACGGUUGCGGGAUUCCAACAAGAGCGCACAUUUUUUUUUUUACGCGUAUCCGAACAAGAGCGUUGAAGGGGGGAAGGAGAUCAUCUCAUCUAUGUUCAAGGAGGGAAGAAGCAUGUCACGGCUGUCUCUGACCCGGUCCCCGGUCUCUCCCCUGGCCGCUCAGGGGAUCCCUCUGCCGGCUCAGCUGACCAAGGCGAACGCCCCCGUGCACAUUGACGUCGGAGGACACAUGUACACCAGCAGCUUGGCGACCCUCACCAAGUACCCAGACUCUAGAAUCAGUCGCCUGUUCAACGGCACCGAGCCCAUCGUGCUGGACAGCUUGAAGCAGCACUACUUCAUAGAUCGGGACGGCGAGAUAUUCCGCUACAUCCUCAGCUUCCUGAGGACCAGCAAACUGCUCCUUCCAGAGGAUUUCAAGGACUUCCACCUGCUGUACGAGGAGGCCCGUUAUUACCAGCUGACGCCCAUGAUCAAGGAGCUGGAGCGCUGGAAGCAGGAGCGCGAACAGCGGCGGAUGGCACAGCCCUGCGACUGCCUGGUGGUCCGGGUCACACCCGACCUCGGCGAGAGGAUCGCCCUGAGCGGGGAGAAGGUCCUCAUAGAGGAGAUCUUCCCUGAGACUGGGGACGUUAUGUGUAACUCUGUCAACGCUGGCUGGAACCAGGACCCAACACACGUCAUCCGCUUUCCCCUCAACGGGUACUGCCGGCUCAACUCCGUCCAGGUUCUGGAGCGUCUUUUCCAGAAGGGCUUCAGCGUGGCGGCAUCAUGCGGAGGCGGAGUGGACUCUUCCCAGUUCAGCGAGUACGUGCUGUGUCGCGAGGACCGGCGGAGUCUGUCAAUCAACACCCCUAUCAGGAUAAAACAGGAACCCCUGGACUAGAGAUCUUUUGGGGGAAAGAAGGACUGUCUCCUCCUCCUCCUCCUCCAUCUUUUCACACCUCCAUCUCACCUCCACCUUGCCCCUCUCUGCCCCCCAGCUGGACCGCAGCCUCCCCUCCAAGAACAUACCUAAGUAUUACCAGAGGCGUGUAACCUCACCAGCUCUGCUGAACUCCAACGGGGGAAUGUAGGACCAAACAGAGGAGGAAAGCGUCAGCAACAAAAAGUUUUUACGUUAUGUUCGAAAAAUGCCCAAAGAAUCUGUGGGACCGCUGGGUGCUUCAGCACCUUACAGCUCUCCGUUUUUAGGACAAAUAUUACAGACUAGUUUUCCCACAAUUUACUUAAGAACAACAAUGUACAGCCGUCUGCUUCACCUCCGUCAUCAAGUCUCGUUUCUGUGGGGGCAGGGUCCUCUCUGACUGGCCCGCUGUGGUCCAGGAACGCUUUGGCAGACAGGACGUUUUUAAGGAUGAGAAGAUAAAGGACAUCUGAUCAUUUCGUGAGGCCCCGAACCCCCGUGACCCCGUGAAACCUCAGCGGACUCAGCAUCGUUUGUUAAACUGUUUCUAUGUUUUUCCUCGCUCGCUUUUGCUGUUUUUAUCACGACAUGAUGUAAACAAUUAUUAUUAAUAGGAUUAUUUUUAAUGUCCCCUCCCCCCCCCCCCUUCCUAUCUCCGUAAUGAAGGAUGUACGAACAUUGUAUUCAUUAGGCUUCAAGAGCUUGCAAGGGAGCGUUUCUUGGCAAUGGCUGCAGCAACUAAGAUGUCUGCAGGCUAUGUGGCAAAAGCAAUCUGACUGGCAAUGAAAUCGGAGCCAGAAAAAGUCCCAUUGUUCAAACAGGAAUGGAAGAAAACCUCAACGUUUCCACAUUGUUUAUAUUCAAAUGUGUCGCACACAUAAAAAAGGAAAGCAGCUGUAGAAUUUCUGCUUGUUUGCUCCAAAACAUACAGUGCCAUGAAAAAAGUCUUUACCCCCCCUGUUUUAGAUAAUGAAUUAAGCUCCCAUGUCAGACCAAAGUUAAUGCUAAACACAGUUCUCAAAUGAUGAUUUCAUGUAUUAGGAGGGGAAAAAGCUAUCCAAAACAACUGUGAGUUAUCACAUGUGCGGUUCUGUUUCACUAGCUGCAACCAGGCCAGAUUACUGCCAGAUCUUUAGAAUCAAGAGAAGCUGUCUCACAAGAUGAGGUAGGCUAAAAGAGCUUAUAAAAGCAACAUGUCAUGCCCCAAUUUAACGAAAUCCAAGAACAGAUGAGAGUCAAAGUCAUUCACAUCUCUCAUGCUCGAAAGGAUUGCAAAGCUAUUUCUAAGGUUUUGGGACUCCAGGGAACCACAGUGAGAGUCAUUAUCCAGAAACAAAGAAAACAUGGACCUUAGAGGAGUGGUUGGGCUUGAAAAUUUUACUCCAAAAACCAAUCAGAAACUCAUCCAGGAGUUCACAAAAGAUCCAGAACUACAUCUAAAGCAACGUGGGUGUCAGUUAAAGGGCCUUUAUAUUAAAACAUAAAGGCCCAUCUUACAUUUGACAAGAAACAUCUUGAUUCGCAAGACUGUUCUGUGGAUUCAUGAGGCGAAAAGUGCAGCUUUUUGACGGAACGUUUUACCUACAGUCAAACAUGUAGGGUGGUGGGAUGGGCGGGGGACUGCUUUGCUUCUUCAGGAUCUGAACAGUUUCUCGAAGUUGACAGAUUCAUAAUUUCUGCUUUUGAAGGAGAGUGCUUGUAACAUUAAGCUAAUGUGCACUCAUGUUUUGCAGCAGAACAAUGAUCCAAACCUCAAAUACAAGUCCCCCAUCUGUAUGGCUCAAUAAAGAAGAAGGCAUUGGGAGUGGCCUAGUCAAAGUCUGGACUAAGAUGUGUUAACGGAGCCUUUAACAGACUCCAAUGUCGUUGAAUUAAAAAUAAUUCUGCAAUGAAGAGUGAAGAGACUAAGAAAGGCAUCACCACUAAAUAAAUUUAGGGGUAAUUAUUUACUCACAGCAUACCAAGUUGUUUUAGGCAGAUGUUUCCCCAUGAUGAAUGAAAUCAUCAUCUUAAAAACUGCUUUUUGACUUUGCUGAUCUGAAAUAGACAAAAAAAAGUAAAAAAUGAAGAAACCUGUAAGGGGGGGUGGUACUUUUUCCCAGCACUACAUCUCUGACUGGAGAGGAUCUCUUGUUAAGAGCAAGUUUUUGAUCUUUUAUGUUUAAAACCCAGGAAAAGUAAAGUGGUUGAGUUCGAAUGUGAAACACUUGUGGAGCUGCGAGAGCUUGACGUUUACCAGUGCGUCUCGUGGUCGGCGGGAGAUGUACUUUAAAUGCUUGAUGUUUGUUUGCACUUGAACAUUUUUUAACCACAGAGCUGCCCUGCCCCACUCCUUCGGAGGAUUCGGUCGAGCCCGGCGAGCAGCGCCGAGUCAAGCUGUUUCACGUUUUCAGCCGACGGUGGGAUUAAAGUGCUGUAAAAACACGGAGAGCAAUUAGGCAUCCGACAGAACAAACUGUGUGCCGGGUUUGGUUGAUUGUACGAGCGUAAAACAUGUUCGUUGAGCCACGUUGCAUUAUUCAAAACCGUAUGAAGGAUGCAAACUUUUGAUCCUCCAAGUCCUGACAGUUCUGUGGAGAAGUCUCUGAAUAUUGUCACUUCUGAGUCCAGAUUACUUCAGAGGUUGUUCCCACGUUGCAUAUGGCAGAACCUGAAGUUCAACAGCACUCCCAGCAUCAGCGUGCUCACAAAGAGGCGAGUGGGCGGCAUUUUUUUACUCGGUCCUGCUCUGCUUCUUUCGCUCUUAUUCUCAGCGUGUCUUCCAUCAAAGACUGAAGCAAGAAAGUUUUCGCGCUUUUUUUUUUUUUAUUUGUGUAUAGCUUAACCAUGCUGUUUCUUCCACUCCAAAAGCCUGAGCUUAAAACAAACAAACAAAAAAAAAAGGAGCUUACUCUGAUCUUCAUCUGUGCUGGCAGUUACUUGACUUAAACUGGGCUUGUUUUUUUUUUCUUUUUGUUUUUUUAGUUUAAUAAACUUGGGCUCUGCUGUCCGAACGCGGACAGGGAGUCAAUGAAGUUUCUUACAAAACAGACCUUCUUUGCUCUGGUUUUUGCCUUUUGGAUCCAGACGCCUCAAAGGGAAUGGUCAACCAUGGCGUUUCUUUUUUUUUUUUUUUGGCUCUUUUUUUAAUGUGAACAUGCUUGCCGGGCCCCCCCUCCUGCUUCCCUGUUCGCAAAAAAAAAAAAAAAACGCCCUCCUACGCCGGACCACGCCGCAGCAAGCCAAACAAACUGAUGAGUCAAAACACAAACAGGCUCACAGCACGCCACGCAACUGCACUCUGCAGCUGACCUCAGCGUCCUUUGCUUGCUUCGCGGCUGAAGGUAAAAAAAAAAACGGAUUUGGGCUCCAGCGAUGUAAGACUUAAGGCAACCCUUAUUGCCUUUUAGGGGCUAGAAGAUCCUAAUAACCUUUAGACGUCUCGGCAGACACAGAACAACUCGACAGGACUGGAAAUUUAUGUAACAUCACUCUAGUCGGCGCUUUUUCAGACGAAGCACUAGCCCGCGCUCACUCGGCGGGCCCACUUGGCUUUUCACCCCUCCUCCGAGGCGGCUCAGUUUGUACAGUCACUGUGUAUUGAAUUGUCAGGACUCGUAGGCUUUAUGGGACCGUCGUGUUUCCGAGAGAUCUCAAAUCCGCUUCACACUAAAUAAGUAAAAGAAAAUUCAGAACCUUACAUUGUGUACAUAUGGACUGAAAAAAAAAAAAAACAUUUCAAAGCGUAUAAUAAGGUGAAAAUGUAUAUUAUUUAAAGUGUUUAAAACAAUUAGACUGUGGUAUUAAAGGGCAUGUGUUUAUUUACAGUCUCCGUUUGACUUUUCUUGCAUAUUUGCGAUAAUAAAAGGAUGUACUGUAUAAACGAA